ACAUCUACAUAUUUAUUAUGGCAAUUUCAGGUUUCGCAAAGCAGGAUAUGGCCGCAGUCGAUGCCUCUGUUGUGCUCAUCGUAUUGCUGAUGAGCUUUGGUGAAGAAAGCUUUGCAUCCGGACGAUGGACAGAGGCCAUACCGGCGAACACGGCCCUGUACCGCUCAUUAGCGAGGUUCGCCUACCAGGAAGAAAAGCAUGGUUCUCUUGAAGGAUUAACGUAUCUCGUAACGCAAGCCAGAUGGAAGAGGGUUGGUGCACAAACAAUAUACCACAUUGGAUUCAUUGUCCUUGAAAAUAACAUGCUCCUCGAGAAAUGUAUCACCCUAAUUAAGACGCCUCCAGCUCUCACAGGGGCAAGAAUGAGGAGCGUCACAAAGUUUUGGUGCAGACCAGUGGUGGUGUAGCCACCCACUUAUCACGGAGUCGAGGCGGAAGGGGUCGGGGCUAGUCAGGUCGUUAUUGAAUUUUAUAUACAUAUGUCAUUUUCUGGUAUUGCAUCGCUAACGGAAGAACGCUGACGGUUUCCAGUGCCGAUUCAUGAUACCUCGGGUUCCAUUGGAGUGUCACAGCCACUGGCGGCACUACCCAUCACACCAGCGUUCUCAGACGCCUGCAGCAAGAGUUGCAUUGUGCGCGCCGUCGCCCUAAGAUGACACAGAUGCGCGGAACAUUGCGUGAUGAGUCGAAGCUUAAUUCUGCUAUCGACGUCACUGAAUCAUUCUGGGCGAAACUGCUAAGUUUCUUCCUCUACGGCAAAUAUUAGGUAAAAAGACGAUAAUACACAAGUUAGCGAAAUUGUAUACCGUGUACACUCGUAUAACGGCCACACCCAUGUUGUAAAAGCCGCUCCCAGAAAGAAUCGCCUGCCGCCCCUCCCCCCAUAGAAUGCAU